UUUAAUGUCUAAGAUGUUGACGGAAUAGCAAUAAGUGUCUAAAACAUAGCGCGCAGUUUUGUGCAAUUGAAAUGUAUUUAAUUCACCACGCCUUCCCGCGAAGAUCAUGGUAACUACACCACGCACCGAAGAGCAAACCCAUCAUUCCUUUCCUAGAGUCAGUCACUAGAUGAGCCGUUAUGGAUUUAUUCUGCAUCAAGUAGAGCCGUUCAGACCACGUGAGAUGAAUGUGUAAUGACAAAGUCCCGACAGCACAAGCUGCCUUGCUCAGCCUGGCAUUCCUGCACACUGACAUGGAGAUAGCACGCUGGCGAAAUUUUCAAGGAAUGGACAUAUGUGGGCACUUCUGUAUGUAAAGCUCUACGCCACCCCCUUCCCAUAAUUUUUUUUCUUUUUCUUCAUUUUGAACCAAAUCCUUAUUAUGGCUUGGCCGUGCAUUAGUAGAGUGUGCUGUUUGGCUCGGUUCUGGAACCAGUUCGACAAAUCCGAUCUCUCGGUCCCGUUGACGAUUCAGAACUACUCCGAAAUCACAGACCAAGAGGUGCGAUCCGUCACCAAAUACGUCCCCGUGGACAGGGCUCAGAGGAACGACUAUUCCACACCAGAUCACAGAGGAUCGCAGUUGGAGCCGGAGGCUGGGAACAGGAGAUCGUGGCGAGCGCGGAGAGAUUCGAGCUCCAAGCCCCGCGAGGAUAACCAUCCCUCCGGUGUGCCUUUUUCGAGUGUUACCCAAUACAAACAGGAUUUCAAGCCUUGGCCAAUUCCAAAAAAGGACAAUUUCCCUUGGAUUAGCAACGGCGGAAAGGGGGAUUCUCUCACGGAUAGUCCUGACCGUAAUUAUCACAAUACAAACCAGCAAAAGGAGAUCAAAGAUCAAAAUAGGCAGAAGUGGGGAAAACCGCCGAUAGGAACCGCCAAAAUAAGCUCGUACAGGCAAGAAUACCGCCCCUGGACGGGAGCGAGACCAGCCAAGCAAACUCGAAAGAGACCCACAUACGUGAGCUCUGGCAGUUUUGAAGUCCCCCCUGAAACCAGCUACCAGGCAGCCUUCAGCAGUGACUCCUUCAAACAGAUGGAGGUGUUACAGGUGGAGGUGCCCAGCAGCCAGCAAAACAGCCAACCUGAGAGGCCAGAUCUCAGCAUCGGGAUCAAGGGACAGGAACAGCUGGUGAAAACCAAGCUCUCUCCCAAUCCCUCUGCUGUUUUCCAAAGCAGAUCCAGGAUAUUCAACAUAUGAAGGGCUCCUAAAACUCUUCUGUAGAUUGUUCAGUGAAAAGGAAAAGAACGAGGUUAUAUUUUUAUUCCAUCCACAACAUGCGAAAUCUAUGCAAGAGAAAUUAUUUUUUGGAAGGAUUCUACCAAUGUGAAAGGCAGUGGCUACUGAAUGAGACUCUGUGCAACACAGAGAUUUUUAAAAAUAAUUUUAAUUGUUAAAAUGUGGAAUUCCCAGAGGAUCAAGCGUGCAUGUUAUCAAAUAGUUUAGAUGAGCUUUCUGCAGUGUUAGAAGCUAACACAAUGGCUGCCCUGUGAAAUUUGUGUGCACAUGUGUGUGCUUGUUGAAUGUUGAACUGGAAUGAUUCUUUUUAUUUUUUGAAGUUUCAAAGUUUUUAAGUAUGCUACAUCUAGUCUGACACCUAUAAUGUAUAGCGGUCCCUUUAUGUCUGCACAAAGAUAUAUGGAAUUAUUUAAUUUUUAAUGAAUUCAGAAAUUUUGAGAAACUACUCAGUGUUUGUUUAAUUUAAUUUUUAAAGACGUUAAGAAAAGAUAGAUGAUUUAUGUAAAUAAAUUUUAAGUUAGAAUAAAAUAUUAUGUUCUUAAUGUUUGCUCUCAUUUAUUUCAAUUGUCAAUCAUUUCACCAACUUAUUUCAAAAAUAAAGUGUCAAAUCUA